AUGGUUGACAUUAUGUUGCGUCGUAUGGAUCCCAAGAUUGUGUGCAUUACAACAUUAUCUUUACUCAAUACAACAGACAAGGAUGGACUCUUCAAGGGCUACCUUAGCAAGUUCGACCUUAUCACAUGCAACGCAGGAGCUUUGGAAGUCCCAGGACCGGUAUUUAUGACAAUGACGGCGCGAGUUCCGAAGGCUAGGCACGUUUACAUUGGGGACAUCCAUCAACUAAAGCUCUACGCUCGCUGCUCUGGCUUGGCCAACCACUCCAGACUCGGAACGCAAAGUCUCAUGAGCGUCCUUUGA